AUGCCCAAAACCUCAGCACGCGUAUUCCCAUGGUCCUCCUUGUGGUUGGCAUCUUUGGCUACUUUGGUUGUGCAGUCAGUGCUCUCUUCCUCCUACUCCUCUUCUUCCUCUUCUACAUACCAGAGACCUGCAGCCGGUGGGAAGCGACCGGGCUUCAUGGAGAGGACGCUGAUUCUCCUGGACGUCAACACCCGCAGUCCGAUCAGAGUCCUCAACGACAACUUCCUCUCUUUGCAGCUGGACCCCUCGAUCAUCAAAGACGGGUGGUUGGACUUUCUGAGCUCCAAGCGGCUCGUGACCCUGGCGCGCGGCCUGUCGCCUGCUUUUUUACGUUUUGGCGGAAAACGCACCGACUUCCUGCAGUUCAACAACCAGAAGAACCUCGCCAAAUUCAGAGGACCGGGACCAGACUACUAUCUGAAGAACUACGAAGACGAUAUAGUGCGCAGUGACAUUGCACUGGACAAGCAGAAGGGCUGCAAGCUGGCCAACCACCCUGACAUAAUGCUGGAGCUGCAGAGAGAGAAGGCUGCCACCACACAGCUGGUCCUGCUGAAAGAGCAACUGUCCAACAUCUACAGCAACAUUACAAUAACAGCCAGGUCUUUAGACAAACUGUACAACUUUGCCGAUUGUGCUGGUCUGCACCUCAUACUGGGGCUCAACUCACUGCACAGAAACCCAGACAACUCCUGGAACACCUCCUCCACCCUGAGCCUCCUGAAGUACAGCGCAGGCAAGAAGUACAACAUCUCCUGGGAGCUGGGCAACGAGCCUAACGCCUACCGCAGCAUGGUGGGUCGUGCGGUCAACAGCACCCAAUUGGCUCAGGACUACACCAAGCUGCGGACCUUGCUGCAGUCUGUGCGCUACUACCACCGAGCUCACCUCUAUGGCCCCAAUGCGGGGCGACCCAGGAAGAACGCCAUCCUGCUGCUGGAUGGGUUCAUGAAGAAUGCUGGCUCAGAUGUAGAUGCAGUUACGUGGCAACAUUAUUACAUGGAUGGCAGAGUGAACAAAGUGGAGGACUUCCUAAAAACGCGUCUGUUGGACACACUGACAGAGCAGAUCAAUAAAGUCACCAAGGUUGUGAACACACACACUCCUGGUAAGAAGGUGUGGCUCGGUGGACUGGGUCCUGCAUGGGCAGGGGGCAUCAAUAAUCUCUCGGACACAUAUGCAGCCAGCUUUUUGUGGGCUAACACACUGGGAAUGGCUGCUGUUCAGGGAAUUGACGUUGUCUUGCGUCACUCAUUCUUUGACUAUGGAUACACGCACCUUGUGGACCAGCACUUUAACCCUUUACCUGAUUACUGGUUCUCUUUGGUCUUCAAGCGUCUGGUUGGUCCGAGGGUUUUAGCUGUGCGGGUUGCUGGACUGCAGAGGAAGCCACAACCAGGACGAGUCAUACGAGAUAAGCUACGUAUUUACGCGCACUGUACCAGCUACUACAAUCAUAACUAUGUGAGAGGCUCCAUAACAAUCUACAUCAUCAACCUGCAUCGGUCGCGAAAGAAAAUUAAGUUGGCGGGGACGUUACGAAACAAGACUGUCCAUCAGUACCUGCUGCAACCCUACGGCACUGACGGACUCAAAGCCAAACAUGUCCAGCUGAACGGGGAGAGGUUGCUCAUGGUGGACAAUGAGACUUUCCCAGAGUUGAAGCCUAAAACGUUGAGGGCUGGACGGACAAUAGCCAUGCCUCCCAUGACUAUAGGUUUUUAUGUCAUCAAAAAUAUUAACGCAUACGCCUGCCGAAGAUAA